AUGGGCAUGACCGAUAUCACAAAAUGUACACGCAAGAAAAAGGACCACCAUCAACUGUCGAUUCAGCUCAUCAAACAAAAAUACACAUUCCCUCCAUCACUAACACAGUGCAUUGCGAAGUCUAGGGCCAUCUCCGCAAGAAAUCUUACAUUCGGAGGUUAUGAUAGAGAAAAGAGUGGGGUUUUAAGGGCCAUGGAGAAAGAGGAACGUGCGUUACAUGCGUGA